UGGCCCCUUCACACUCUGGGAAGGUGCUGGGAGGUCUCCACACAACCUUCUCUUCUCCAGCCUCAACAGCCCCAGCUCUCUCAGCCUGUCUCCAGAGGGGAUGUGCUCCAGUGCCCUCACCAGCUCUGUGGCCUCCUCUGGAAUUGCUCCAACAGUUCCAUGUCCUUCUUACACUGGAGACACCAGAACUGUGCACACUAUUCCAAAUGGGAUCUCACAUGAGCAGAGUAGAUGAGAAGAGUCACCUCCUCUGACCUUCUAGCCCCUCUCCUUCAGAUACAGCCCAGGAUUUGGUCCAAUCACUCAAUUCUUCUGUCCAGGGUUCCCUUGCUUCCUUAAAACCACCUGAACUUCUGUCCUUGCACUGCUGGAAAACCUCAGGGAUGGAGACAAGGAGGGAUGCUCAGCGAGACCGGGAGCGAGGAGGGACAACCCCAGCCACUUCUAGAGCAGACACUGCCGUACCCCAGUGGGGCAGAGCAGGCACCUGAGCCUGGUUUGCCCUCACCAGCCCCCCUCCUGUCCCACUGCAGGCUGUUCCUCCGUGCCCGGCAUCCCUGCGGAGCGCCAGCCAUGCUGAAGCCCGCGGUGGUCAUCGACAGCGGCAGCCGCUUCACCCGCGGCGGCUUCGCGGGCCAGGAGCAGCCCCAGUGCGUGCUGAGGACGGUGCUGCUGCCGCCCUGCAGCGUGGGCACCCCCUGGGAGCCCUGGCAGCCCUGCAGCGUGGGCACCCCCUGGGGGCCCUGGCAGCCCGGCCCUGGCACGGAGAGCCCGCGGUGCUCGGCCGCGACCCCGCGGCGCCGCCCGCUCAAGCGCGGCCUCGUUGAGGACUGGGACGCCAUGAAAACUCUGUGGGGCCACCUGCUCUGCUGCCGCCUCCAAGUGUCCCCAGAGGAGCACCCGGUGCUCCUGGCCGAGUCCCCGUCCUGCCCCGCCGCCGACAGGGCGAAGGCGGCCGAGGUGCUGUUCGAGGGCCUGGGGGUGCCCGCGCUGCACCUGGCCAACAGCGGCUUCCUGUCGCUCUGCGCCCACGGCAGGGUCACCGGGCUGGCCGUGGAGGCCGGGGCAGCCGUGUCCCACGUCACCUCCGUCUGGGGGGGCCAGACCCUGAGGAAGGGCACCCGCAGUCUGGGGGUGGCCGGGGACCACCUGUCCAGGCACCUGCACGGGCUGCUGCUGCAGAGCCACACAGAGCCCUCGGCGCUGCCGGCCCUGACGAAGAAGGUGCUGACCCAGCUGAAGGAGCAAUGCUGCUACGUGUCCUUGGACUACGAGGGAGACCUCCAGGAGGAGGGAUCCCACCCCCCAGCCAGAUUCCAGACCCCCGACGGGAGCUGGAUCACCCUGGGCAAGGAGCGCUUCUGCUGCCCGGAGCCGCUGUUCCGGCCCGAGCUGCUGCAGCUCAGCUGCCCCGGGCUGCACCAGCUGGCCUGGCAGAGCCUGCAGACGGUGCCUGAGCAGGCCAGGAGACACGUGCUGGGCAACAUCGUGCUCUCAGGAGGCUCCUCCAUGUUCCCUGGCUUUCCUGAGAGGAUCUGCUUGGAGCUGAACCUCCUUUUCCGAGGAGCGGGUGUGCACGUCGAGGUGCUGGCCAACCCCAGGAGGGGCUCGGCAGUCUGGGCUGGGGGCUCCAUGGCAGCCUCGCUCACCUCCUUCCAGCACACCUGGAUGACAAAGGGAGAGUACCAGGAGCACGGGGCCGAGUACGUGCACACGAAGUUCCAGUAGAGAGGUGGCAGCCAUCCCCUGUGUCACUGCAGGAGGGACUGAAACACUGCCCUGCCCCGGGGGCAGCUGCAGCAGUGGUGCCUUAGUGGCUCCUGUGCUGCUGCAGGGGUGCAAAGUCAAUUAAAGUGCCCCAAAAGAAGGAAAGUGCUUUUCACUGCCACUCCAGAUUAU